GGGGAAAGGAGAGAGUCGAUACACUGAGAGGGGAAAGGAGAGAGUCGAUACACUGAGAGGGGAAAGGAGAGAGUCGAUACACUGAGAGGGGAAAGGAGAGAGUCGAUACACUGAGAGGGGAAAGGAGAGAGUCGAUACACUGAGAGGGGAAAGGAGAGAGAGAGAGUCGAUACACUGAGAGGGGAAAGGAGAGAGAGAGUAGAUACGCUGAGAGGGGAAAGGAGAGAGAGAAUAGAUACGCUGAGAGGGGAAAGGAGAGAGUCGAUACACUGAGAGGGGAAAGGAGAGAGUCGAUACACUGAGAGGGGAAAGGAGAGAGUCGAUACACUGAGAGGGGAAAGGAGAGAGAGAGUAGAUACGCUGAGAGGGGAAAGGAGAGAGAGAAUAGAUACACUGACGGGGUAAAUAGUAAACACGGGAAGGGCAAAGGAGAGAAAAUGCAUACAAUGAGGGGUUAAAGAGGGGGCAGAUGGGAAAUGGAUACAAAGGAGACAAGUAUGGUUAUGUAUAGGAGAUACUGAAGGGGGAGAGAGAAGACACACGGAGAUAUUGUGGAGACACUGAGACAAUUUUAGAAAAGUGGAGAGGAGAGAAAUUCAAACGAGAAAGAGAAGGGAAAAAGGGAACCGUUAGUUGGAAACAGAUGUAGGAGUAAGGGAAGAGGUGAGGGGAGAAUACGAGAGAGACGCAUAUGAGUGACUGCCAGAGAGAGAGAGGAAGUAACGGAACUCUAUGUAGGGGACAUUCUCUGCGCCUAGCCAGGGGACAUCAUCUGCACCUAACAAAAGGACAUCAUCUGUGCCUAGCCAGGGGACAUCAUCUGCACCUAACAAAAGGACAUCAUCUACACCUAGUCAGGGGACAUCAUCUGCACCUAACAAAAGGACAUCAUCUGCACCUAGUCAGGAGACAUCUACAGCACAUAGCAAAAGGACAUCCUCUGUAAUUAGCCAGGGGACAUCAUCUGCACCUCGCAAAGGGACAUCCUCUGUAACUAGCCAGUGGACCUCUACAGAACCUAGCAAAGGGACACCCUCUGUAACUAGCCAAGGGGGACACCCUCUGCAAACCACUUGGGUAUGAUCUCUACAAUUUUUGGGGGAAACUAUUUUUUUCCUGCCUAAUCUGGUCACAUUCAUUUCUGGCUACCAAAAAUCUAUACUCCGCAACUGUCCUGGGAACUGCACCUCUCUAGCAAAAUCUGUACCGCUCUGUGUGCCCUGUGCCAACCAAGUGAUGUGACCUGUACCUCUAUAGGAAAUGCGUCCUGUGGCUGUACUCCAGGUGAUGUGUCCCUCAAGGUGACGUGCCAGCUCCCUCAUUUUCAUGCACCCUUUACCAGAAUGCUGCAGUAAUUGGGGAUGCAUCUGAGAGAGGAACAUAAAUAGACUACAUUAAUUGCUGGAGUUAGGAAGGCUCUGAUGGAUGAUGGACCAGGUUGAGGCUGCAGAAUAGGAAGCAAUGUGAGAAGUGGCUAAAUGAAGGACCGUCAUGGGCAACGUACAAGUGAUGGAGGAUGCAUGUGUCUUGGAGUAUUGCAAGGAAUGUACGAGAGGCAGCAGUGAAGUCCCAGGAGUCAGGGAGGCUGUAGGAUUGGUGGAGGGUAAUGGGUUGAGGAGAGGCUGCUGGUUUGAGGGAGGCUGUAGGAUUCUCUAAGAAGCUGCAUGAGACCAGGAGUCUGCGGAGUGUCUACUUAUCACGUGUGUGGGGGGCGUGGAUCUGGCACUGAGCUUUUCACGAGUAUUUACUACGAGCUGUGCCCCCACUAGCCAUAGAGCUCCGGCUGUCAGCCCGUCCAUGCCCCUCGGCCCCGGCAUGGCUCAAACCCUCGGGGACCUGCUGGCCGCGGCUGCAGCCAGGGGUGACUUGGAGCAACUCCGGGACCUGCUAAUUACAGCGCCUAACGUGGAUGAGCCCAACCAGUUCGGGAGGACAGCUUUGCAGGUUAUGAGGCUGGGCAAUCCUGCCAUUGCCAGGCUGCUGCUAAGCAGAGGCGCUAACCCCAACCUGAAGGACAGGACUGGCUUCUCCGUGCUCCAUGAUGUGGCCAGAGCUGGCUUCCGUGACACACUGCAAACCCUACUGGAGUUCAGUGCAGAUGUUAAUCUACCGGACGACGAAGGUAACUUGCCCCUGCAUCUAGCCGCCAAGGAAGGGCAUCUGCAGGUGGUAAAGCUCUUGGUUGUACACAAGGACAGUCAGCUGGGCCACCAGAACUGCAAUGGGGACACCCCGUGGGACAUAGCCACGUUAUACAGCCGAGAGGAGGUGGCACAGUGGCUACACAGCCAGGAAUGAUGGAUUAUCUUGUUCUUUACUGUUGUUUGGGACAUUUUGCCAUGAUCUGCCCUGGCCAGGACCUCCUGGGUUCCAUAGAUUAGUUUCCACCAUAGUGUGUACUGUGAUGUUUGUGUUGUCAGUUCUUGCCACAUUGUAGCACUUAUUAUGGGGUGGGCAUCAUAUUGUCUGAACAUCUGAUGGGAAUAAUUACUGCUAGAGGUCAGAUGCAUCUUGUUCUCCAGCACAUACUGCCUGGGCCUGGGGACUGGACAAUACAUAGAUUUAUCUCCAGAGAACCUUCUGCAUGUAACUGACCCACUGCUCAUUUCUGUUGCUUUCGGUUUAUAAAUACAAAUAGAAUGGGCCUGUAUAAACGCACUGGCAGAGAGUGGGUUAAUCUCUCCCCACCCUAAUUAACCCAGACGGUUCCUUGGUGUCUGCAUCCUCCCCAGGUACAGCUCUGCAUUUGUAUUUGCUUCUUGUCACAGCUUUGCUUUCAAUAAAAUAAAUGCAUUAAUGCACCUUCUGGUUUA